AAAAAUAAAGACAUCCCUGAGAGCAAACUUCAAGAUUCUACAGGCCACUCUUUCUCUCUCUCUCUUUCUUCUCAAACGCACAACCCAAGAAAAAAAGAAAGAAAGAAGAACAGAACGGAAAAUCUCCCUGCUCUCUGAAAAGCUCUGCAUGAAAAGCUGAAAAACUCCAUGGACUACACCAGGUGGCCUGAGAUUCACCCAAACCCACAAGUAGCACAGCCACCAAACCCUAACCAACGAUCCACAGACCCCUACCCAGGCUACCCUCCACUCUACUCUUCGUUCCAUUACCCAUACGACCCUUCAAACCCUAACCCAAUUUCCCUCACUGCCCCUCCCCCCUCCUCUCUCGAACGCCAUGACUUGUACCCGGGCAUUGGCCCCGACCGUCGGCUCAGGGGACUUGGGGUCGACUCCUAUGCCUCCCUGAGUUCGUACUCAGAUGUCCAUUUGGGCAUUGAAGGCCAUUCCCGUGCUGGGUCGUACGGUCUCCACCAUCGGACGGUGGAUACGAGCUCCUACGGGUACUAUUCGGACCCGAUGUCGCCGAAUUGGGCCGUCAAGGAUAAUGUCCGGCAAUACGGGGCGGACCCGGUUGGCUAUGGAGCUAGUGUGUCACUACCAUCAUAUGGGACGAAACAGUUGGUUAUUGCAAAUUCAAAGUUCGCUUCGUGGGCUAACAGUACAGGUCGGCCUCAUGGAAAUAGCACCUGGAAGAAACCUACAAAGAUUAUGAGAGCAAAGUCAAAGAUUGUACAAUCUGCACAUUGUGAAGUUUGCAAAAUCAAUUGCGACACCAAGCGUGUACUGGACAAACAUAAGUUGGGAAAGAAGCACAAGAAGAACCUGGAGAAAUUAAAUGAAGCUACUCCCUGUGCCCAAAGUUCUGCAGAAUCAGAUAAUCCUGCAAUUGGGCCACAAGUACCGCCUGAUAUCGGUGAUACGGGCGAAGCUGUUGAUUUGCAAAAUAGUAGGAAGAAGGCAGCGGAGCCUGUAGAGGAUUUGGAAACAAAGAGACGGAAGGUUCUUCAAGGUGGGGCGGCAGCCGAGGCAGUAAGGACAUGUGCAAUGUGUAAUGUUGUGUGUAAUAGUGAGACGGUCUUUAAUUCUCAUCUUGCAGGACAAAAGCAUGCUGAUAUGAUGAAGAAACAUGCAGCUGGAACAGGAAUGUCUGCUGCCAGCUAAAGAUAAAUUGUGGGAAUUUUUUGGGCUGUAUUAGUUGUCUUUACGGUAUCCUUGUCUUCCACUUCUGGAACAUUAUGUGACCAGCCAUGCUUCCUUUUCUGAGGAAAAGCAGUCGAAGUUUUAUAUUAUUUACAGCCACAUCCUUGUAUA